AUGAAGGCUGCGAACUGUGUGAUUUGUGUGGAGGAGAUCAAAGUCUGUGCCUAUGCGAGUGAGGCAAAUGCCAAGGCCACCAGCUCGUUCACGCAUUCUGUCAUCAACAUGGUCGGCAUGCUUAUAGGGCUGGGGCAGUUGUCGGCUCCCUACACAUUGGAGAAUGGAGGAUGGAGCUCGGCGCACAUCAUCGGCAGGUGCCUCGACGACGAUGGUGGUGGCUCCAAGAGUUACCAAGACAUCGGCGAGCAAGCGUUCGGAUCCAAAGGUAGGAUCAUAGCCUCUGCCUUCAUCUACCUGGAGAUCUUCUUCGCGCUCGUGUCCUACACCAUCUCGCUCAGCGACAACCUGCCGUUGGUGCUCGCCGGCUUGCACGCGCACGCGCCGUGGCUCCACCUGUCGACUGCGCAGCUUCUGAUGGCGACGGCGGUGCUGGUGGCGCUGCUGGUAGCGCUUCCGACGCUGUGGUUGCGGGACAUGUCGUCGAUCUCGUUCCUCUCCUUGGGAGGGAUCCUCAUGUCUCUGUUUAUGUUUGCGACGGUUGCGUGGGUUGCGGCAUUCGGCGGCGUGGAAGGGAGUCAUGAGAUUCCGGCGCUGAGGGUGGAGAUGCUCCCGAGGAUCUCAGGCUUGUACAUGUUCAGCUUCGCUGGCCACAUUGUGUUCCCCAAUAUCUACACCGCCAUGAAAGACCCUUCCAAAUUCACCAAGGUGUCCAUUGCAAGCUUCGCCAUUGUUACCUUGCUCUACACCGCACUAGCUUUCAUGGGAGCCCAAGGAGGAGAAUGUGACUCUUGGGCCAACUCUAUGGGAGGGGGAGCAAGUCAUGUUACAGAUUUGUCUGGGAGAGAAACACUUGUUCGUAUUACAGCGAGGGUCCGGAUCAUGGGAGCGUGCACGACGGAGGCCAGGACGUGA